CCCUCCGGGUGCUCCUGCCGCUCUCUCGGUGGCCAUCAUGUCUUUGACUUCUGCUUACCAGCAUAAAUUGGCCGAGAAGCUCACCAUCCUAAAUGACCGUGGCCAAGGGGUUCUCAUCCGAAUGUACAACAUCAAGAAGACUUGUUCCGACGCCAAAUCAAAGCCGCCUUUCUUACUGGAAAAGUCUAUGGAAUCAUGCCUCAAGUACAUCAACAAGAAAUUUCCCAACAUAGAUGUCCGAAACAGCACGCAACAUUUAGGACCAGUUCAUCGUGAAAAAGAUGAAAUAACGUCCCUCCUCAAUAACUACUACCAGUCAUUUGUGGAUGUCAUGGAAUUUCGGGAUCACGUCUACGAACUUCUCAACACCAUCGAUGCCUGCCAGUGUCAUUUUGACAUCACUCUCAAUUUUGACUUCACUCGGAAUUACCUGGACUUGAUUGUGACCUAUACCUCAGUCAUUCUGCUCCUGUCACGGAUAGAGGACCGCCGGGCACUCAUUGGCUUAUACAGUAGUGCCCAUGAGAUGCGGUACGGACACAGUGACCCCAGUUUUCCUCGCUUGGCCCAGAUGGUCUUGGAGUAUGACCAUCCUCUGAAAAAGCUGACAGAAGAGUUUGGGCCCCACACAAAGGCUGUGAGUGGAGCCCUUCUCUCUUUGCACUCCCUGUUUAUUCGGAGGACCCAGGGGGCCGAGCAGUGGCGCAGUGUCCAGCUUCUGAGUCUCAUCAGCAGCCCCCCAGCCAUGAUUAACCCCGCUCAGUCAGACACCAUGGCCUGUGAGUAUCUGUCAGUGGAAGUGAUGGAGCGCUGGAUCAUAGUGGGCUUUCUUCUUUGUCAUGGGUGCCUCAACUCCAACAGUCAAUGCCAGAAGCUGUGGAAGCAGUGUCUGCAGGGCUCCCUGUACAUCACCCUCAUCCGGGAGGACGUGCUGCAAGUACACAAGGUCACCGAGGACCUGUUUAGUAGUUUGAAAGGGUAUGGAAAGCGAGUGGCAGACAUCAAGGAAAGCAAGGAACAUGUAAUUGCGAACAGUGGCCAGUUUCACAGUCAGCGGCGGCAGUUUCUGCGGAUAGCCGUGAAGGAGCUGGAGGCUGUGUUCAAGGACGAGCCGGGCCUGCUGGGUCCCAAGGCCCUUUUUGCUUUCAUGGCCCUGUCCUUCAUUCGUGAUGAGGUCACCUGGCUGGUUCGCCAUAUGGAAAAUGUCACCAAGACCAAGACACCCGAGGACUAUGCUGACUUGAGCAUUGCGGAGCUGCUUUUCCUGUUGGAGGAGAUCAGGGCUCUGGUUCGCCGACAUAGCAAUGUGAUCCAGCAGUACCACCUUCAGUACCUGGCCAGAUUCGAUGCUCUUGUGCUCAGUGACAUCAUUCAGAACCUGUCUGUGUGUCCAGAAGAGGAGUCCAUCAUCAUGUCUUCCUUCGUCAGUACCCUGUCCUCUCUGAGUCUCAAACAAGUUGAUAAUGGAGAGAAAUUUGACUUCGCUGGAUUGAGGCUGGAUUGGUUCCGCCUACAGGCAUACACCAGUGUGGCGAAGGCCCCUCUGCACCUGCAUGAGAACCCUGACUUAGCCAAGGUGAUGAGCCUCAUUGCCUUCCACUCCCAGAUGCUGGACUCUAUAGAGAAAGUGCUGGUGGAGACAUCUGACCUGUCUACCUUCUGCUUUCAUCUCCGUAUCUUUGAGAAGAUGUUUGCUAUGACCCUGGAGGAACCUACUAUGCUGCGUUAUGCCAUUGCGUUCCCUCUGAUUUGUGCUCAUUUUGUCCACUGUACUCAUGAGAUGUGCCCAGAGGAGUACCCCCACCUGAAGAAUCACAGCCUUCACCACUGCAACUCCUUCCUGGAAGAGCUGGCCAAGCAGACCAGCAACUGUGUGUUGGAGAUCUGUGCUGAGCAGAGGAACCUGAGCGAGCAGCUUCUUCCUAAGCACUGUGCCACCACCAUCAGCAAGGCCAAGAAUAAGAAGACCAUGAAGCAGAGGCAGAAUCCCAGGAAAGGAGAGCCUGAGAGGGACAAGCCAGGAGCUGAGAGUCACCGGAAGAACCGCAGCAUUGUCACCAACAUGGAUAAACUCCACCUAAACUUGACCGAAUUGGCACUGGCAAUGAAUCAUGUGCAUAGCUUCUCUGUGUUUAAACAUACUAUCUUCCCAUCUGAGUAUCUCAGCAGCCACCUGGAGGCCAGGCUCAACAGAGCCAUUGUGUGGCUGGCUGGCUACAAUGCCACAACCCAGGAGAUCCUUAGGCCCUCUGAGCUACUGGCAGGAAUCAAGGCGUACAUCAGUUUUAUUCAAUCACUGGCACAGUUUUUGGGUGCAGAUGCUUCCAGAGUCGUCCGCAAUGCCCUCCUGCAGCAGACGCAGCCACUGGACUUGUGUGGGGAACAGACUGUCACCACUCUGUAUACAAACUGGUACCUAGAAAGUCUUCUCAGACAGGCGAGCGGUGGGGCCAUUGUACUCUCCCCAGCCAUGCAGGCCUUCAUCAGCCUCCCCCGAGAUGGGGAACAGAACUUCAGUGCUGAGGAAUUUUCAGACAUCUCUGAGUUGCGGGCCUUGGCUGAAAUCCUGGGCCCCUACGGCAUGAAGUUCCUGAGUGAAAACCUGAUGUGGCACGUGACCUCUCAGAUCGUGGAGCUGAAGAAGCUGGUGGUGGAAAACAUGGAUGUCCUGGUUCAGAUCAGAUCCAACUUUAGCAAGCCGGACUUGAUGGCAUCUCUGCUGCCCCAGCUGACGGGGGCAGAAAAUGUGCUGAAGCGCAUGACCAUCAUUGGGGUGAUUCUCAGUUUUAGGGCCAUGGCCCAAGAGGGACUUCAGGAGGUUUUCUCCUCGCACUGCCCGUUUCUCAUGGGCCCCAUUGAAUGCCUGAAAGACUUUGUCACUCCAGACACUGACAUCAAGGUCACCCUGAGUAUCUUUGAGCUGGCAUCUGCUGCAGGGGUGAGCUGUGACAUUGAUCCAGCCUUGGUGGCUGCCAUUGCCAAUCUGAAAACUGAUAGCUCAUCUCCUGAGGAAGAGUACAAGGUGGCCUGCCUGCUCUUGAUCUUCCUUGCUGUUUCUCUCCCACUCCUUGCCAUGGACCCUUCCUCCUUCUAUAGCAUUGAGAAGGAUGGUUAUAAUAAUAACAUCCAUUGCUUGACCAAAGCCAUCAUCCAGGUGUCUGCUGCCCUCUUCACACUAUACAACAAGAACAUUGAAACCCACCUCAAGGAAUUUCUGCUGGUGGCCUCUGUCAGCCUCUUGCAGCUGGGCCAGGAGACUGACAAGCUCAAAACCAGAAAUCGUGAAUCCAUUUCUCUGCUCAUGCGCUUGGUGGUGGAGGAAUCGCCCUUCUUGACCCUGGACAUGCUGGAGUCCUGUUUUCCUUAUGUUCUGCUUCGAAAUGCCUAUCGGGAGGUUUCGCGGGCCUUCUACUUGAACCGGCUGCCGGCUGCUACCUACUGAAGGGGCCAUUUGGACCUAAGGACGGCGGAGCCAGAGCGGAAGCUACAGCUGUUUUCUCAAAGGGGGAGGGGGUGGGAGGCUCUCCAGGGAGACAGAGGGUCAGGUCCCAGCGCUCAUGACCUAGAAAAAGGAGGAACAGUCCAGGGCUGAAACAUCGCAGAGAAAGUGGGGCCACGGACAAUGUCUAUGGACAAAGCUACAGGCCUUGGGCCACAUGUGUAAAUUUUUAACAUGGAAAAAAACAAACAACCAACAAACGAGUGACCUACAAGCAUAUUUCAUAUCUUCUGACGACUCCAGCUUGAGCUCCGACAGGCACGUGUCCCUCCGACCUUCAUCACUAUUCCAGGAUAAUGCUGGCGGGCAGAGAUGAUCAAUCAUCGUAUUAAACCAUAAUGAGCUUAUAAUCCUCCCGCUGGAGCUGCUAUUGUCUCCUGCACAUUCAUUAGGACGAUUAUCUCUUCUCUUCCUUUUCCAAAUGUGUUCAGCAAACAUCCAGCCUGAUCCUACAGCAGAGCAGUACAGGGACCCCCUCCCACCAACAGGGCUCUUCUCCCCCGGCCUCACUGUCUUCUCCACUGGGACAGAGAAGAACUGCCCUUCAGAGAUUUGCCCACCGUCUGUUCUGCCAUCCAUUGUGGUAAUGAGUGUGUCUCCUCGGCUCUAACCUACCCGCUUUUUCUUGGGCAUCUCCACAACCCAGAGCAGAGGGACAGUUUAGGUCAAUCUUAGGUCACAUGAUAGUUAAGUGGACCAGACUUAUGUGGUUUUCCCUUCCCAUGCCAUUUGGGGGUACUUUCUUCUAUUAGGUGGGACCAUUUUAACCCCAAAUCCCCUUGUCAGCCUGGGUACAGCUGUUGCUCCAGGCAGGGAUUUCUCUUGUACAUCUUAAAUUUCAUAGACCUCAUUAGGUUGUAGGGCCCUGAGACUGGGGAUCCUUGGGGGAAUACAGGCUGUUUCAACUUAGCCCUUCUCUGCACUAAUUAGAAUUUCAAGUGUCACAGAGCCUGGGGCAUUCAAGAUAGCACUAAACUGGGUUCAGUUAACUCUGUGGCAGGAAGCAGUGGCCCCAUCCAUCACUCUACGCGACCACUACCAGGGAGGAUGGAGCCACAGAUCAUGUUGUCACAAGUCCGGGAUGGUUGGGAUGAGCAAAUACAAUUAGCCAGCUGAUUAAUUAGGGUCAUGUCCAUACUUCUACGAUGAAAAGGAAGCAAUUGCUAGCUUUUAGCAAAACCAUCCGGCCUCAUUAAACCAAUUUGAAAGCUGUUUUGGGAC